AUGUCCUCAACAGACAUAAUCCUUAACCGCGCAAACGUUGCCCUCGCCCGCAGCCAACGCCUCGUUGCCUCAUGGCUCCCUCCACAAACCACCGAAGAACAGUCCUCGAAUACCAAAUCAGAAGAAGAGCUACGGAAAGAGGAAGAUGAGAUUUUUACGGCUGUUCCGGAGACACUAGGCGUAGGAGCCCCCCUCCCCUCCAAACUCCCCGACGGAAGCUGGAAUCGCGCAGAACUCGACUCGAACGAUGCGCUGCGGAGACAAUUGCUGGGCAGGAAUUAUCAAAAAGUUAUGAAGGAGAAGGAGAGGGAAGCUAAGCAAAAGGCCUCUGCGGGUGCGGGUGCGGGUGCGAAUGGUGAUGCGAAUAAUUCGACAGAUUUGGGCGGUAAUAACGAUACGGUUGAGGAAGAUGAUUAUGAUGAAGAAGACGGGCGGACGGCGGCUGUUGGGAAGAAGUUUGCGAAGGGGCAGGGGCAGAGUCAGGGUCAGGGUCUGACGAAGAAUCAAAAGAAAAAAAAUAAUAAGAAGCGCAAGGCUGCGGCAGAGGAACAAUCGCAGUCGCAGUCGCAGUUUGAUGCUGCGGGAGAUGCUCCAGGUGGUAGCAAUGGUGAUAAUCCGGGGCAAGGGAAAGAAGAACUUGAAGGCCAGGGCGAUGUACAGGACUCUUUAGCGAAGCCAGAUGCAGGGACAUCAGGAUCAUCGUCGCGACCAGCUCCGAGGAGGAAAAAAGCGACCAGUUUCUUGGAUGAGAUACUCGCUGAGAGAUCUAAGAAGAGAAAGAAGAGGUGA